AAGUAAAUCAGAUAUUUGGGGAAGUAAGGUGUUUUGGGUAAAACGAAAUUGACAAGCAAAAAAAAUAUAUAUAUAUUUUAAAAAAAAAAAAAUGUCACUCAAAAUAACGCUUGCAUUGUUCUUAGUCGCUGCUUGUACUUUAACGCCCCCAGUCGCAGCGACAGGCGUCCAGCUCCCAGCAGUAUACCCCCUCGUCAAUGUUCUUCUACCACUUCUGAAUAAUGUCUACAAUCUUCUGCUCUCACUUCUUUCAAUCUUCGACACACUACCGCCCUCUAUCACUUGCAUGAUACCCGUAGACUUGGGCGCAUUGGAGACGUCACUGUUGAAGCUUUACUCCCAAGCGUUGGCAAUUGUCAACUUCUUAAGAUCACUACCCGAGUACGCGGCCGGUGCUAACCCGUCCACUCCGCCCACCAACAUAGUUAAUAUCCAAGGGUUACUGUCAACCCUGAUAUCAACAGUUACUGAUCUAGCUGAUGAUGUGUUGAUUGGAAUCGGCGGUGGACUGCUACCUGGACUUCUGCAGUUGGUGCUGUGUGUUGUUCAAACAUUACUCACUCUAUUAUUGUAAAUUUUAGGUUAUUGUUAUUUAAUAAAUAUAAAUGAGUUAUA